UUGGGCGGGGCGGCGAGCGGAGUACCCGGAAGGGCAGUCUCCAGAGCACAAGUGCACCUAGGCGCCAGAUGGUGUAAAGUUAGUAAAUGUGGGCCUUCGCCCGAUGCCUGGGUUGUGGACUUUUGUCCCCAGCCCUCCAUAAGUCAUCCUGCUGAAGGAAAAGACCCGUUGAUCUGGCUCUUCUCAGGGUAGGGCAUUUUUAGAGAUGAGUGGAAAUAAAAUGGAAACCACUUCACUGCCGAGGAAGUUUCCCGGAUGGAUGUCUGAGCAGAGCAAAAACUGUGCUACAGAAGAGAAGAAGGCAUGCAGUCAGAAGAGUGUCCUUGAAGAUGACCUCCCAUUCUUAGAAUUCACUGGGUCUAUUGUUUACAGCUAUGAAGCUAGUGAUUGCUCCUUCCUGUCUGAAGACAUUAGCAUGCGUCUGUCUGAUGGAGACGUCAUAGGCUUUGACAUGGAGUGGCCACCUACAUACAAACAAGGGAAGCUAUGUAGGGUCGCAGUGAUUCAGUUGUGUGUGUCUGAGAGCAAAUGUUACUUGUUUCACAUUUCCUCUAUGUCAGUUUUCCCCCAGGGAUUAAAGAUGUUACUGGAGAAUAAAUCGAUUAAGAAGGCAGGUGUUGGAAUUGAAGGGGACCAGUGGAAACUGCUGCGUGAUUUUGACAUCAAGUUGGAGAGUUUUGUGGAGUUGACAGACGUUGCCAAUGAACAGUUGAAGUGUGCAGAGACUUGGAGCCUCAAUGGUCUGGUAAAACACGUCUUAGGAAAACAGCUUUUGAAAGACAAGUCCAUUCGCUGUAGCAAUUGGAGCAAUUUUCCCCUCACUGAUGACCAGAAACUGUAUGCAGCUACUGAUGCUUAUGCUGGUCUUAUCAUAUAUCAAAAAUUAAAAAAAUUGGGUGAUGGUGUGCAAGUGUUUGCUCUAAAUAAAGCAGAAGAAAGCCUACCUAUAGGGAUGAAGAACCAGUUGAAUUCAAUGUCUGAAGAAAUGAAGGACCUAGCCAAGCAUUUUCCUGUCACUUGCAGAAAUUUGGAAACUCUACAGAGGGUCCCUAUAAUAUUGAAGAAUAUUUCAGAAAAUCUAUGCUCAUUGAGAAAGGUGCUAUUUGCUCCUACAAACACCGAGACUGAACUGAAACAGGGUAGUAGUUUGAACUUAUUGUCAUCAGAGGAUUCAGCUGCUGUUGGAGAACAAGAGAACCAAACUGGAGAACAGAGGACUUUUCCUAAAAUUAAAGAAGAAGCAUGGGACCCAGAGCUUGACAGUUUAGUGAAGCAUGAGGAAGUUGAUGUAUUUAGAAAGAAAGUGAAGCAAGAGGAGGCGUGGUUUGAAGAUGACGGAGACGACAGUCUGUUGAAAGAAGACAUGGGAAGAGCUUGUUUGACAUCCGCUAUAUCAGAACAUGAACUCCAAACUCUGGGGCAGCAGGCUGAAGAAAAAAACUGUACUGGUGUUUCUCACCAAUCUUUUGAGCAUUUAUCUCCCAAUGAUGAUGAAAACGAUUCCUCUUAUAUAAUUGAAAGCGAUGAAGAUUUAGAAAUGGAGAUGCUUAAGUCUUUAGAAAACUUAAAUAGCGAUGCAGUGGAACCAACUCAUUCCAAAUGGUUAGAAAUGGAAAGCAACGCGAGCCUUCCUCCUGAAGAGGGAGGUGGAGAUGGGGGUGAAGCCAGUGAAGAGGAGCAGGAAGAGGAGGACUAUUUAUUGCCGGAACCCAAUGCAAAGCAAAUUAAUUGCCUCAAGACCUAUUUCGGCCAUUGCAGUUUUAAACCGGUUCAGUGGAAAGUCAUCCAUUCUGUAUUAGAAGAAAGAAGGGAUAAUGUUGUAGUCAUGGCAACUGGAUAUGGGAAGAGCUUGUGCUUCCAGUAUCCACCUGUUUAUGAAGGCAAGAUCGGCAUUGUUAUUUCGCCUCUUAUUUCUUUAAUGGAAGACCAGGUUCUCCAGCUCCAAAUGUCCAACAUUCCAGCCUGCUUACUUGGAUCAGCACAAUCAAAAAAUAUUAUAGGAGAUAUUAAAUUAGGCAAAUACAGGAUCAUAUACAUUACUCCAGAAUUCUGUUCUGGUAACUUGGACCUACUCCAACAACUGGAGUCUAAUAUUGGUAUCACACUUAUUGCAGUGGAUGAGGCUCACUGUAUUUCUGAGUGGGGCCAUGAUUUUAGAAGUUCAUUCAGGAUGCUGGGCUCUCUUAAGAAAGCACUCCCUUUGGUCCCAGUCAUCGCACUCUCGGCCACCGCAAGCUCCUCAAUCCGGGAAGAUAUUAUACGCUGCUUAAACUUGAAAAGCCCUCAGGUCACCUGUACCGGGUUUGAUCGACCAAAUCUGUACUUAGAAGUUGGACGAAAAACAGGGAAUAUUCUUCAGGAUCUAAAGCCAUUUCUUGUCCGAAAGGCAAGUUCUGCCUGGGAAUUUGAAGGCCCUACUAUCAUCUACUGUCCUUCCAGAAAAAUGACAGAACAAGUUACUGCUGAACUUGGGAAGCUAAACUUAGCCUGCAGAGCAUAUCAUGCAGGCAUGAAAAUUAGUGAAAGGAAGGAUGUUCAUCAUAGUUUCCUGAGAGAUGAAAUUCAGUGUGUUGUAGCCACUAUAGCUUUUGGAAUGGGCAUUAAUAAAGCUGACAUUCGCAAAGUUAUUCACUAUGGCGCUCCCAAGGAAAUGGAAUCCUAUUACCAGGAAAUCGGCAGAGCUGGCCGUGAUGGUCUGCAGAGUUCUUGUCAUGUACUCUGGGCUCCAGCAGACUUUAACUUAACUAGGCAUCACUUUAUUGAGAUACACAAUGAAAAGUUCCGGUCAUAUAAGUUAAAGAUGAUUAUAAAGAUGGAAAAAUAUCUUCAUUCCAGUCAAUGCAGACGACAAAUCAUCUUGUCUCAUUUUGAGGACAAACGACUACAAAAGGCCUCCUUGGACAUUAUGGGAACUGAAAAAUGCUGUGACAAUUGCAGGCCCAGAUUGACUCAUUGCUCUUCCACUAACAACUCAGAGGACACAUCCCAAGACCUUGGUCCACAUGCAUUUCAACUACUGUCUGCCGUGGACAUCCUACUGGAGAAGUUUGGGAUUGGGAUGGCGAUUUUAUUUCUCCGAGGCUCUAAUUCUCAGCGUCUUCCUGAUAAAUACCGAGGUCACAGGCUUUUUGGCACUGGCAAGGAGCAAGCAGAGAGUUGGUGGAAGAGCCUUUUUCAUCAUCUCCUAGCUGAAGGGUUCUUAGUAGAAGUGCCCACGCAAAACAAAUUCGUAAAGACUUGCUCCCUCACAAAACAGGGUAGAAAAUGGCUUCGCGAAGCAGAGUUGCAGUCUUCUCCCAGCCUUAUCCUUCAAGUUAAUGAAGAGAUGUGUCCGAGGAGCGGUCUUCUGCCAAGUUCUAAUCCCGUAUGGUCAGAAACGAAGCAACAUUCCUUUAGUCAAAAACCAAUUGGAUUAACUUCAGAGCAGUCUAAUUUGGAGAGAAUGUAUUCUUACAAAGGGCCUGAGAAAAUUUCUUCUGGGAGUGACAGUCCUAAAAAAAGUGUCUUGAUGCAGUUACCAGGGACAUCUUACAGCUCCCCAGAACCGGUCAUUUCAUCCCAAGAGGUGGACACUCGGACUGUGUUAUAUGCCAAGUUGGUGGAAGCUAGGCAGAAACAUGCUAAUAAAAUGGAUGUGCCGCCCGCUAUUCUAGCAACAAACAAGAUUCUGCUGGAUAUGGCCAAAAUGAGGCCAACUACUGUUGAAAAUGUGAAACAGAUUGAUGGUGUCUCUGAAGGCAAAGCUACUCUGUUGGGCCCUCUGUUGGAAAUCAUCAAAGAUUUCUGUCAAGUGAAUAGUGUUCAGACAGACAUCUUUUCAAGUACAAAACCUCAAGAGGAACAGAAGGAAAGUCAGGAAAUGGGAGAUAAAGAAUGUUCACUCUCACAGUCUGUGGCUGUCACAUAUUCUUUAUUCCAGGAAAAGAAAAUGUCCUUGCACAGCAUAGCUGAGAAUAGGCUUCUGCCUCUCACAGCAGUUGGCAUGCACUUAGCGCAGGCGGUGAAAGCUGGCUACCCCCUGGAUAUGGAGCGAGCUGGCCUGACCCCAGAGGUUCAGAAGAUCAUUACUGAUGUUAUCCGAAACCCUCCCAUCAACUCAGAUUUGUAUAAAGUUAAACUCAUUAGAAUGUUAGUUCCUGAAAACAUUGACACAUACCUUAUCCAUAUGGUAACUGAAAUCCUCGAGAGUGGAUCGGACAGCAAAAGGCAGCCUUCCUGUGAUCCCAACAGAAAGAGGUGUUUCUUCAGCUCUGAAGAGAGCCCUGGGAGCUCUAAGAAAAGCAAGGAGGCAGUCACCGAGACCAAGACACCAUCUGACAUGUCAAAGAGAAAAUUACCCCAGUGGUUUGCCAAAGGAAGUGUGCCCUCAGCUGAUAUUGGCAGCUCAUCAAUGGCCAAGACAAAAAAGAAAGGUCUUUUUAGUUAAGAUGACAGCUACAGAACAAUGUGUGGGUCCUUCUGCCUUUAUUCCCGUAAAGAGUGAAAAGAAAUAUUUCAGCUUUAAAAUUACUUAAAGUCCAAAGUAAAACCCACUUAGACAUUGAGCAGCCGGCAUCUUUAAUUGCCUGUCCACAGUUGAGAUGAAGUGUCGGAACCGUUUAAGAG